UAUAGAUUCCAUCUUCUAACAAAAACCCUAGAUAGAGGAUAGAGCUAGACCACAACCAAACCACACCACACCACACCAACAAGAAGUUGUUAACCCACACACAGAAAAGAAAACCUUCGAAAGAUGUCAGGAGGUGGACCUAUUUCGCAGGAUUGGGAACCGGUGGUGCUCCGCAAGAAAGCUCCCACCGCUGCCGCCAAGAAGGACGAAAAAGCCGUCAACGCCGCUCGCCGCUCCGGCGCCGACAUCGACACCGUCAAGAAAUUUAAUGCUGGGACAAACAAAGCUGCUUCUAGUAGCACUUCAUUGAACACUAAGAGGCUCGAUGAUGAUACAGAGAAUCUAGCUCAUGAUCGUGUGCCAACUGAACUCAAGAAAGCUAUAAUGCAAGCACGAACAGAUAAGAAACUUACUCAGGCUCAGCUUGCUCAAAUUAUCAAUGAGAAACCUCAAGUGAUCCAGGAGUACGAGUCAGGGAAGGCUAUUCCAAACCAGCAGAUAAUUGGCAAGUUGGAGAGAGCCCUUGGUGCCAAACUGCGUGGCAAGAAAUGAGGAAGCAAAUCUAACGGCUGUGUACGUAAUUAGGUUCUUAUUUCACUAUCCAAGGCUGAUUGAUUGUGUUUGCUCGCUGAUUGUGUAUGCAAGGGAGACAAAUGGGUGUGAUAACCUGAGCCUUUCACCUGUUCAAACAUUAUGAUGUAUUUUCAUAAAUAAAGAUGGAUUUUCAGCAUAUAUUUACCUUCGACCAGCGAUGCGGUCUUCGUAAGUGAAGAUUCAGAAUAUGUUUUCGUUCAUUUGGAUCGAGUACCAUUUUUUAUUUCUAUCUUAUACGUGCCAAGGGAAGGAAGGAAUAGAAUAAAAUUAUUUUUCU